GUGUAUGAAGUGACACCAGAACAACAGAGACUGUAAUUUAAUUUAAAUGUUGCAGCUAUAGAAGUCAGAGGAGGUACAUUAGGAUUGUGAUUGUGUGUUGGAGUGGCCAACUCAUCUGUCAGCUGCACAGAAUUUCUGGAAUCUGAGAACAAUGUCGGUGACAAGGAGUGGAAGGGUUAAGAGGAGUGAGAUGACAUGCAGGGGAGGGGACGCACAAAGAGCCACAGCGUCUGAAAGCUUAUGAGUAAUACUUGAGCCUGGGAGAUGAGACAUACUGCCUGGGAGCUGGGGGACAAGGCUGCUGCAGAAACAUACUCAAGACUGAACUUGUGAACCCUGAACAGGCUUUUCGUCAGUAAGGAGUGAUGUGAAAUCAUCAAGACAGCAACAUCAAGACAUCUAAAGAACUGUGGGUACCUCAUGCCAACGUGGAAAUAGGGUGAUUUUUGUGUUGCCAGGGGGAUGAUUGAAAGGAUUACUGUAACCAGAUUUAAGGGUGACAUGAGUUGGCCUAGGAUGGUCUUGUUGUCACACACUUUUAGUCAAUAGCGGGAACUUUGACAGGUAGCACUUUUUUCCCAGAGACACAUCAGACUGCAGUUAUGUCAAACUCUCAAAAGCAGAGCCUUGAUGAGGAUGCAGUGUUCCUGCCAGUGUAUGAGUCCUCCCCAGAGUUCCUAUACUGUGAGAGGGAGCGACAAGCAGUGGAGAGACUCCUGAGUGCGGGACCAGAGGCGUUCUACAGCUCCAUCGGCACAGAGCGCUCUGGCUGCUUCUUGUCACCCGAAGAGGUCGGCCAGAUAACCAGCUGGGGUCAGGACAGUCGCUUUAACCAGGUACAGGUGCAGCAGAAGGAAAAUGGAGUGGAAGGCAGCUCAGAGAUGGAGAACUUCUGCUCCACCUACUUCCCUUGCCACUCAGACACACCAACCCCGAACCUUGACCUGGGCUGGCCAGAAUCAAGCCCUUGGGUGCCCCAGGCAAGCGUUACAGUCCACACCAGUCCCCCUGCUGAAGGAGAACCUCCUGUCAGAGAGAUAAUCCGACGACAUUUACAAAAGGCUUCCCAAGUAAUUGCCAUUGUGACAGACAGACUGACAGAUGGUGCGGUGAUUGCUGAUUUGCACAAUGCUGCCUUCCGAGGUGUCCCUGUCUACAUCAUCCUGAACCAAAGGUCCAUUCAGGAGAAUUUCACUCUCAACAGGCUCAGGAAUUCAAACAUGCAGGUCCGGGUCCUCGGAGGGAAAACCUUCUGUUCGAGGACAGGAAGAAUGGUGGUUGGGGAAAUGAAAGACAAGUUUCUUCUGGUUGAUUUAGAGACAGUGAUUCAUGGCAGCUACAGCCUCACAUGGACAGACGCCCACCUGCACCGGCAGCUGAUCACUGUUCUAAAAGGACCAGUUGUUGACUCAUUUGAUAGGGAGUUCAGGAUCCUUUUUGCUGCUUCGCUCCCAGUCCCAGACGCGUGGAGGGUUGCAGGUACCCAUGCAGAUGUGACUCAUCCGCUAAAAGACUUCUCAGAUGGCCAGUUCCAAAAACAGCUCUCUUUGGACCCUGAGAUCAUCAACCCUCCAUCUCCACCUGCUGAUUCCCUCUUGGACUGGGAAGCCAUGGGUGUUGUCCAGAGAGACCCCUGUUUCCCAGACAGUCCUCUGGGUCAACAUGAGGAAAUCGUGGCCAAGGAAAUGCCCCUCAGGAAUAACAUGCUGUUUGACAGAAACACACCCAUCACAGAUGGUUUUAAUAAAAAUGGAAACCAAUUUGUGGAUAAAAAAAGGGUGUAUGAAAACACAUCUCCAGUGACAAACCAUGUGCCAGAUAAAUCGACAACUUUAAACAACACACAGCUCUCACCAACUACAGAACAAAUGAAGAGGGUGGAACGCAUGGUAGAAAAACACGUUUCCAGGCAACUCUCCACAGAGAGGUGCACCAAUGUAGGUGAGAAAACAACAACAAGACUUAAUGAUAAAACAGCUGAACCAACACACAAUAUGGUCACAUCUUCAUCUGCUAAGAGAAGAGAGCGCUUGGGGAGGGAGUCCAUUUUGGAGGAGAAAAGCAGCAUGAAUGGAACUAGCUCUAAAGUGGAGAACACACCAUCUUCUAGAAAACCUCUAAUCCUGAGGGUGCCGCAAUCUGAUAGUUUCAGUUCUCUGAGUGACAUUAUGAAGAGGAUUCAUCCUCAGCAGAGCACUUCAAGACUGUUCAAGAAAGAAUCAAAUGGCGCCAUGUCUGAAAUGAGCCAGUCCAUGAUGGACCUGAGCGUACACAACACAGAGCCUCAUGAUGAGAAAGAAGUCCCAGUGCCAAGGCUUAAGGCCAGUUGCUUUGACCCAGGUUAUAUGACACCUGCUUUUGCCCUGAUGAAGAAGAGGAACGAUGAUAUGAAAUCUGUAUUGUACAGAACUCCAAAAAACUUUCUGCCCAGAGAGAGGCCUCGCAGUUCCACUUUUGGUCUCGGCAUGGACUGGAGGAGGUCACGGACAGAAAAGGAAGGAGAACAAAAAUGAGGAGCAAGGACAAAAAUUCAUGAGCAACAUUUUCUGUGACAUCUUCUGUCACUGAGGACAGGAUGCUGUCAACAGUGGAUAAUUAUGACCUUUUGCAGUGUUAAUUACCCAAAAUAAGCCAAAACAGAUAGUGACUCUGAUGAUAAAAACCACUGUUAAUAUGUAGGUCGUGUUACAGUUUUAUCUUUUAUCUAGUGAAUCUGAUGAUUUAAUGUUUCACUGUCUGCUAAAUACAGUGUGCUUUACAUUUGAAUAUGUUUAAAUUAAAAACAGUUUGUUCAUGCUGCUCACAAUGAAUAGCUGCUUUAACCACUGUAGAAGUCAUAAAGUCAGUCACACGUGCUACCAAGAAUAAAUUAUGGAAGGACCUUUUGAUUGAAAAUUUUAAAAGCUCUGAUUCAGCCUUCAGCAAAUGGGAAUAUAUGUACAUUUCUGUUGGAUACUCGCACACGUGGGAGUAGAGGGACAUUAGGUUGCUUAUUGGCUAAAAAGCACAAAUGAUUGACUUAUGGAAACAUUUUUCCCAUUUGAUUGAAAUGGAAUUUUCUACAAAGUUCUACAGAGCAAAUAAAAAAAGACAUUUAAAAUUUUGUUUUCUUUCAUUUUUUGUCCACACUGGCAGUGUGGCUCUGUGGGUGGCAAUGUCAGUUGGUCUGUCCAUCCACCACUUUGUUCCCGACUGAAACAUGUCUGAAUGUACUGAUCAGAGAUUUUCUGUGGACACUUGUGGUCCCCAGAGGAUGAAGCCUAAAGACUUUGGUGAGCCCCUAACCUUUCCUCUAGCGCCACCAGCAGGUUUGGACAGAUUGGCACAAAAUUUUGUGCAUACAGUGUAUCCAGCCACCAUUAUGUAGACACUUGCCAUAACAUUUUAACAGUGAACAUUUGUUUUAUACAUAUCUAGAUAGAGGAAUUUUUGGUAGGUCUGCUCAUUAAUUUUCACAGUUAUUUGUGUUUCAUUAGUUUGGUUUU